AUGACCAUAACUGGGACGUUUAGCGGCAUCCUCUUCCUCCCUCCCUCCCUUCCUUCCACUCCCUUUCUCCUUUGGGUUCUCUUGCUUUCGGCUUUCCCUUCGGUUUCUCGUUUCUUAACUUCUCGAGGCGCUAAGAGCGGGCUCACAUGGCGGAAGACGAAUCAGCAGUCGGCAUAAAGGCAUCCGACCCUCACGCUGGUACAUAUCUUGCGGUUUGGCUGUUCUUUCAAAUCGCAGCAGAUCAUGUUGGACUGCCCAUCCUUGUCGCGACGUUUUUAUUUGCCAAAACUGUUAAACGAAAUCCUACACUGAUCAAUAUGUGCAUCACUUGGAUCAUUGCUGGUGUUUCCUCAUCGCUAUUGUUUUACGCGGGGAAGCAGUCUGGCGCAGAACCAGGCAAUGCACUGUGCAUUCUUCAAGCUGCAAUGCUGGAAGGCACUCCACCGAUGGUGUCACUAUCUGCGUUUGCUCUAAUAUACACAGUAUGGGCUUCAAUGACAUGCAGGUCGUCAAAUCGUAAUCCCAGGGUGGCCAUGUUCUGGACUUACACUUUAUUGAUCGUUCCUUACGUUGCACUCUUUUCAUUUGCUUUGGCAACUUCUAUAGUUGCCAUUCAAGACCUUCGAAAGGUUAAUCGGGCGCGGCGGUUUUUUUACUGCUCUGUUGACAACAAUAAGCUGUCAAACACUAUGGGAAUAUUCAGUUCCGUCAUCUGUUUGAUUUGCCUAAUUUUUGAAUUUUUGAUCGCCGUUCAAAUCAUACGGGCCUGGCGAGCGUUUAGAAACUUUAGGAACGAUACUCCAAUCCACAGACGUGGCUUUGAUAUGCAACUAAUCCUUCGAUUAUUUAUCUUCUCUGGCUACGUCCUCAUCGGGUUGAUCUUUAAUGCGGCUUCCGUCUACAGCAUUAAAUCUGCCGUGCCCGAUAUUUUCGCCGCAUCAAUCGGAAUGGGCGUAUUUAUCAUUUUUGGCACUCAGUCGGACGUUCUUCGUGCAUGGGCAUUUUGGCUACCAGCCAAGCCUCCUCCACCACCGCCGAAGGAUACAAGAAAUCUUGACGGACCCACCUUUGAUUUUGUGUCACCCCGCGGGAAUUUUGCACGAAACCCCACUUCUACUAUCUUGUCUGAGACAGAGACAUUAAGUGACGCGAAUCUCGCUGUGCAUACGCACGAGUCUCGAGUCGGUGCACCGAACGUGGCUGAGCACGAGGUCCAGAUGGACAAGAAAAGCUCAAUGAUGUGGAAGAAAGCCGAUAGUGUAAUAAUUAUUGGAAAACCGGAAGAGGCAUUUGCGAGUAUGGGCAGAGAUAAGCAUGAUUCCGUGUGA